CUACCAAACACUUCCAAAAAAGUGUACACGACUUUCAAUCAUAUUAUCCCCCAUUUGUGAUAAACAAUUUGUGGUGAAAAAAUUUUUGAUCACAACACUCACAGUGACACACACUGAAUAUUCGCUGGAUUGAGAUAAGUUUGAAAUUGAUAUAUCAAUGGCAAUAGCUCUAUUUUUUGCCAAAUUUUUUUCCGUUCUACUAUGCUUCAACAUGUGCAAUCGGUGGAGUUCAAACACUCGACUUUAGCAUUGAAAGUCAAAUAGUUUUACCGCUGAGUCCUGACAUAAUCGUCCCGUGACAUGUCUCUAGCAAUAGUCACAAACGACAUUCAUUGGGCAUGCAUUCGAUUCUAUAGGGUCAGAUAUGCUGUGAAAUAGGACGCAAUGGAAAUGACAUAAGUUUAUGCAGACAUUUGUGUGACAUUAUGUCAGGUUCUCAGGUACCGAGUAGGCAGCAUGGUUGCGCUCAGGGCUCCUCAAAGACACGUAAGUCGCGAACAACUCCUUCUGUUGCCACAUUCCGUAAUUUUGAGCGUGAGGCUGAAUUAAUGAAUGAUGGAGGACCACCGGACAAGCGUUUGUGCCUCAGUGAUAUAUUUCGCCCACCUAUGGAAGUUCUACAUCGGGGUACAUGGGAAAAUGGGCGCGAAAUUGCACGCACACAGGACAAAUGGCUAUUGGUAAAUGUGCAAGACAAUCAGGAUUUCAAAUGCCAAUGUAUGAACAGGGACGUGUGGAGUGAUUCAGUUAUCCGAGAACUCUUGCAGCAGCAUUUCAUUAUGUGUCAGGUGAGCGCCACCAGUGAAGAUGGAGAGAAAUUCAGAUCUUUCUACAAGGCCUAUCAUCUCCCCUUUGUCAACAUUCUCGAUCCGCGUACUGGAGGUGCCGUUGACACAUGGCCGUGUGAUAUAACAAAGGAAGAUGCUCGGUCAAACUUACUGCUUUUCUUGAGGAAACGCCCGACGCCUUCUGCUAUUUCUGGCGAAUGUUUGGCGGAAAUUUCUGCCAAAGCACCAGAUACCCUGUCUGAAGAGGAACAGAUGCGUCUCGCCAUUGCAAAUAGUCUUCGCGACACCCAAAUAGAACAAACUAUCAAUGUUCGUCUCACACUAAAGUUGCCAGAUGAUACAACUGAAAUACUAGCGUGGUCAGAAAAUACAACCAUUGAGAGACUUAUAUGCUAUGUGCGACAACUUCAUGCUGCUCCUUUUCGUCUUAUAUGUCCUGCAAUACGUACAGAUCUACUUACUUUAACACCCGAAAUCACAUUGAAAGCUGCCCAACUACAUCCAAGCGCUGUUGUUUAUGUACACCCUGACGAAUAAACUAGUAUAGUACUUAAGUUAAAUUAUUAAGUAACACCAA